AUGGACGGUAUACAGCUCAGCUCCUGGAUAGUCAUCCUAGCUUUGAUUAUGGGGGCCUACUUCAGUUUUAUCAACACAUUAGGAAGCAAUAACGAAUUGCGCGAGCCUCUAGCCGCUCAAACAAGUAUUCCUUACAUCGGUCAUGCCCUUGGCUUGAUGCGAAGUAAAUUCAACUAUUAUGUUGACUUGAGCCACAAGACUCUCGAGCCCAUUCUCACGGUCACCCUCUCAGGCACAAAAAUGUACAUUGUGAACAGCCUCCCACUAAUCCAAUCCAUCCAAAAGCAGCCCAAGGAUCUCGCAUUCCCCCCCAUCGAAGCCAAGUUCGCCAACCAAAUCUGUGGCGUCAGUCCAGAAGCCAGCAAGAUCCUCAUGUCAAACGUCAAUGGCGAUGAUGGUAAUUUUGGUUUGUCCAUGGAAUCAUACCAUGCCAUGCGGGGUGCACUUACUCCGGGUUCGGGCCUCGAUCAAAUGAAUAGAAUCAUGAUCCAAAACGUAGCGGCAUCUCUUGACGACUUGAUGCCAUCUGGAAAAAAGAGUGUGAACAUCAAGCUUUCCGAGUGGCUACGCAGAGUGGUCACGAAAGCCACAACAAAUUCUGUUUACGGACCUCAAAACCCGUUCAAGGAAGCUGGUGUCCAAGAUAGUUUCUGGCAAUUUGAAAGUCAGCUCAUGACGACCUUAGUCGGUUUUCUCCCAUCAGUCUUCGCUCGAACGGGUAUUGCAGCAAGAGCAAGAGUAGUCACUGCUUUCGAGCGCUAUUUUGAAGCUGGAGGCUAUAAGGAAGCAUCGAUUCUCAUGCAGAGCCGGUACGAAACUGGUGCCAAAAAUGGUGUGUCCGUUUCCGAUAUCGCGCGGUAUGAGGUUGGGUAUGCCAUUGCUAUUCUCGUUAAUACGGCGCCAGCUGCUUUUUGGAUAAUGUUCUUUCUCUACUCCAAUCCCUCGCUCCUCCAAGAGAUUCGCGAAGAACUCGAUGCCAUCAUGGAAGUCAGCCUCGACUCCAACAACAAAACGAUCCGCACCCUCGACAUUACAAACGUAAAGGCUAGCUGUCCACUUCUUCUCUCGGUCUAUCAAGAAUCACUCCGUCAUCUUUCCAUGGGCACAUCUGUCCGGGAAGUGGUUCGUGAUACCGUGCUCGAAGGUAAAUGGCUUCUGAAAAAAGAUAGCAUGAUCCAAAUGCCCAGUCGAAUCAUCCAUAUGGAUUCCACCAUUUGGGGUUCUGAUGUUGAGGAAUUCAACCCGAGACGAUUCUUGAAAAACAAUGGCAAAACAGGCACACAAAAACGACCAAAUACGGCGGCGUUUAGAACCUUUGGUGGUGGAAGUACAUUAUGUCCCGGUCGUCAUUUCGCCACGAACGAAGUACUGGCCGUAGAAUCCAUGUUCGUCAUGCGUUACGACAUGAAGCCUGCAGCGGGUACGACAUGGAGCAUACCCAAAACCGAAAACACAAAUGUAGCUGCUGUGAUAAUGGAGCCGGAUACGGAUAUUGACGCGAUUGUUUCCGUGCGAGAGGGGUUUGAGGAUGGGAGAUGGGCUUUUGGAUUGAGGGACUCGAAGAUUAUUUUUGCGGUUGUGGAGGAAGAUCGUGUUGGGGAGUGA